AUGUCUUCAGCUCUUGAUGACAUCCACUAUCUAUUUGACAGCUCCGCCUCGACACUGGCAGUCCAGGACGUCGAUAAUUCCACGGCAACAGGCAACGAUGACAUCGGCCCAUUUGAAAUUUGCAGCGGGGAACGCCAUCCGUGCCUGGCACACCUGGACUACGCCCAGUACGAGAGGCUUAUCAAUGAGUUCAUCUCGUUCCUGGCGCAGCAGCUCUCAGCCUUGACCACCAGUGUCAACGAUCUCGAGUGCAAGCAGGCCGCGGUCACCAUCAAAACGGAGAACGCGAGCGGCGUCGAGUCCGGACUUGGGAUGGCUGAAGCAGAACGCAAUGGAGUGAACAGACUGCCAAAGUACCUCCUGUCGCCGCAGGAAUACGAAAACGGUUUUGAGCGUGCGCGAAACCUGAUAGCAGAAAUCGACAAACUGAAGGACCAGCACACGACCUUGAAGGAGAAGACGGCGGCAAGGAUGGCAGAGCUGAAGAGGAUGGAGGACAACGUGCGCCUCUUCCAAGAAGAGCUGGCCGCCCAUCGUCAGGCGAUGACGGAGAACACCGGUACCAUCAAGACGCCGCCGGCUCGUUGA